AUGGCAAACGUUUUAACCACAAUUUCGUCUUUGGCUUUAGCAGAUCCUUCGUUCGAUACGCCGAACAAGAUUGACUUGCUUUUAGGCGCCGAAGUUUAUGGCCAGAUUUUGUUAGAAGGUUUAAUCAAAGGUUCAUCCAGUCAACUCAUCGCGCAAAACACAAGACUAGGAUGGAUCUUAUCUGGUCAAGUAGGUGAAUUCAACCAAAGCGAAACCUGCCACAAUACCGUCGUUACACUGCAUUCUACUCUCACAGAUGAAAAUAGUCUCCUUAAAAAAUUCUGGGAGUUAGAAGCUGAGCCCAAAGGCCUUAACGAUAAGGCGUACUUGACCCCAGAAGAGCAGAAGUGCGAAGAGAUAUUCAAGGGCACGACUAAGCGAGAUGAAUCUGGUCGCUAUAUCGUGCACAUGCCCUUCAGGUCAAGUGAUCCUGCUUGUAAAUAUGGGGGAUCAAAGGACAUUGCUCUCAAACGCUUUUUAACCUUAGAAAAGCGAUUUCUAAAGAAUCCAGACUUCAAGGCUCAGUAUUCAGCGGUUAUCAAGGAGUACUUAGAUCUGAAUCAUAUGGAUAUAGUACGAGAUAGUGACAAGGAAAGUGCUGUGUACCUACCUCAUCAUGCCGUCAUUCGAAACGACAAGAGUACAACAAAGUUGCGCAUUGUGUUUGAUGCAUCAUGUGUAGGCAGCAACGGAGUGUCUCUUAAUCACGAUUUAAUGGUGGGUCCUCCUCUACAACCUGAUCUUCGUCAUAUUAUCAUGCGGUGGCGUCGUGAACCUAUCUGUCUGGUCGCAGACAUCGUUAAGAUGUACAGGCAGGUUAGGGUAUGCGAUGAACACACAGAUUUUCAGCGCAUAUUAUGGCGGGAGAAUCCAGAUGACGAAAUUCAGGUGUUACGUCAUCUGCGAGUAACUUUUGGAACUUCAUCGGCGCCUUACCUGGCAGUAAGAUCAUUGCAGCAGUUAGCUCAGGACGAAGGCGCUGAAUUCCCUUUAGCAAAAACCCGUGUUCUUUCAGAUUUCUACAUGGAUGACCUUAUGGCAGGCUGUCAAACCAUAGAAGAGGGAGUAGAAAUAUAUAAGCAGAUAACUGAGUUACUUAAACGUGGAGGGUUUCAGCUUCAAAAGUGGGCUAGUAACAACGAAGAAUUAUUAAAAUUAAUUGAAGACGGUCAACAAAUAUCACAAACACAAGGGAACAUGGUAUUAAAAACUGAUGCUAUUUCGAAAAUAUUAGGCUUAACGUGGGACAAAGACAAUGACGAGUUCGUUUACACAAUUCAACUUAAGGAGCUAGAUUUACCAGUUACGAAGCGUAAGGUUAUUUCAGACAUAGCACGAUUAUUCGAUCCCCUUGGAUGGUUAGCACCGACAAUCAUUACUGCGAAGGUGUUCAUUCAACGAAUAUGGAUGACUGGGAUCGAAUGGGAUGCAGAACUACCUGCACCAUUGCUGAAAGAAUGGCUUGACUUUCGAGAAAACCUUCGUAACCUUGUUAAGUUUCGUCUGCCUCGUUGGAUCAACUCUAGCAAAGAUAACAGAGUUCUAGAAUUACAUGGCUUUUCAGAUGCAUCCAAUGUAGCAUACGCCGCGGUGGUAUACGUUCGCAUCAUUGACAGAGAAGGACACAUUCAAACAAACUUGGUGACUGCAAAGACUAAGGUUGCUCCUGUUAAGCAGGUAUCAAUCCCUCGUUUAGAGCUCUGUGGAGCUGUCUUGCUUGCAAAACUUCUUGAGGAAGUUGCUACAACCCUAGAAGUUCCCAAGCAGCACUUACAUGCGUGGACAGACUCAUCCGUCGUAUUGGCGUGGUUAAGCAGCCACCCUAGUCGGUGGAAAACGUUCAUCGCGAAUCGUGUUUCCGAAAUACUUACCAUAAUGGAUAGAAGUCAGUGGUCACAUGUGGUGUCGUCGGAAAAUCCAGCAGAUUGCGCAUCUCGGGGGGUUAGUCCUUCUGAAUGUAGUGACCUGCAACUCUGGAAAAAGGGUCCAGUAUGGUUACAGAAUGAUAAAAUAGAUUAUAAUAGAGCAAAUAUUCAAGGAACUACGUUAGAAGAAAGAAAGAUAAAACAAAGUGUCAUGCAACUGCAGUAG